AUGGAUGCAGAGUAUGGUGAAGUACGCGUAUCAAAUGCGUCCUCCCUUCAUCGAGAAUUGAGGCCCAGGCAUCUACAAAUGAUCGCACUGGGCGGCGUUAUAGGUACAGGUCUCUUCCUCGGAACAGCCGGUAACCUUCAGAAUGGAGGUCCCGCCGGGCUUCUGAUCUCCUAUGUGAUCAUGAGCUCCCUCCUGUAUGCGGUCAUGUCAGCCCUCGGCGAGAUGGUAUCUCAAUUUCCCCUGCCUGGUGGCCAAUUCGCCUUGGCCCAUCGAUUUGUCUCGCCUGAGCUUGGUUUUGCUAUGGGUUGGUUAUUCUGGUACAACUAUAUAAUUGUACUAGCGGCUGAAGUGUCGGCUGCAGCCGUCUUGGUAACCUAUUGGACUCAUCCAGGAGAAACCUGCACAGAGGGUAUUUGUAACAACGCACUGUGGGUUGGUCUCAUGCUCAUCUUCGUCCUCGCUAUCAAUUUCCUUGGUACGCGAGCCUACGGUGAAAUGGAGUUUUGGUUCGCCGGUAUCAAGGUUAUCACCAUCAUUGGACUUAUCAUAGUCGGUGUGAUAAUCUCAGCCGGGGGUGGGCCGAACCACCAGGCUAUUGGCUUCAAGUACUGGGAAGAAACGGGUGGUUUUGUACAAUAUCAGGACAUCCCCGGGGCUAAGGGAAGAUUUUUCGGAUUUUUUUCCGUCCUGAUAUCCGCAGCAUUUGCCUUUAUUGGCAGCGAGUUAACGGCCAUUGCCGCUGCUGAAACUGGAAAUCCCCGCAAGUCUGUUCCAAGCGCAAUCAAGGGUGUCUGGGUCCGCCUUGUUCUCUUCUAUCUUUGUAGCGCCUUCAUCAUCGGUCUUCUGGUGUCACCAUCGGAUCCCUCACUCAGUCUGGACUCUACAGCAGCCAAAAGCCCCUUUGUUAUUGCGAUAAAAAAUGCGGGGAUCAAAGUCUUACCUUCCAUCAUCAAUGCAGCGCUUUUGUCCAGUGCGUGGUCUGCAGGUUGCGCAGAUCUAUAUGUCUCUUCGCGCACUCUCUACGGCUUAUACACCCGCGGUCAUGCGCCUGCCUUCAUGGGCAAAACACGGAAAGACGGUCUUCCUUGGGUUGCGGUUACCAUUGGCGCUUUUUUCUCCCUCCUCUCUUUUAUGGCUGCAAGUAAAGGCAGUGCAGGAAAGGCGUUCGGCUACUUCGCCAACAUGACUGCCAUAUGUGGUAUUAUAUCGUGGAUCUGCAUUCUAUUCACAUAUACACGAUGGUACAAAGGGUUGCGAGUGCAAGGUGUCGACAGAUCAACUUUGCCCUACCGAGCUCCGCUUCAACCUUAUCUCAGCUACUAUGGUAUGGCAGUCUCUAUUAUGGUGUUGAUUUUUGGCGGCUUCACAGCUUUCAUGCCAACGUUUGACGUUUCAUCUUUCAUCACCACGUACUUCCCUAUACCUUUCUUCGCUGUUCUCUUCAUCGGCUACAAAUUUUGGACGAAGAGCAAGAUGGUGCCUUUCGAGAAAAUGGAUUUUUCCACCGGGGCUUCCUCUGAGAUACCAUCUGGAACUGUUGGUCAGGGCUGGUGGCGAAAAAUUAAAGACAACAUUUGA